UCACCUCCACACCACAUUACUCCCCCAUCAAGUCUUCUCCUUCCUCCCCCUUCCGCUCCUCCUCCUCCUCCUUCACAUUUCCGCCAUAGCCCGACACCGAUUCCUCCACCGAACCCCUCCCUCCUCUCUGAUCGAUCAGACCUCUUCGUGUGUUCGUCCCUGUAAUUUAUUGCCCGUGUUUAAUUUGUUUCCGGAAUUGUUGGGGUGCGAGUGAGUGGAGCGCUCGUCAGUCGUCGUUGCUGUGCGGCGGCGGCGGUGAUGGAGACGCCGGACAAGAGGCCGACGGUGAUCGCGCUGGAGUUCCCGGCCUACGAUGAUGCCGCUGCUGCUGCGUCGUUCUCUUGGCCUCCGAGGAUGCCCAGGAGGCUCCGGCGGAGGCUUCUUGCCGAGUGCAGUAAUCGGUCUCCCUGUACCGUGGAGGAAAUCGAGGCUAAGCUUCGUGACGCUCAUCUUCGUCGACAGCAAUUCUAUGAGAAGCUGUCAAGGAAAGCUCGACCAAAGCCGAGAAGUCCCUCCCGAGCUUCAUCUCAUGAAGAAGAUCUUGGCCAGCGACUGGAAGCGAAGCUGCAAGCUGCUGAACGGAAGAGACUGAGUAUUUUGGCCAAGGCACAAAUGAGGCUAGCUAAACUGGAUGAGUUACGGCAAGCAGCUAAAAGUGAGGUGGAACUUCGUCUUGAGAAGGAAAGAGAGAAGCUUGGCACAAAAGUGGAAUCGCGUUUUCAACAGGCUGAAGCAAAUAGACUGCUCAUGCUGAAGGCUUAUAAGCAAAGAAGGGCCACCUUGAAGGAGAGGUCAUCUCAGUCAUUAUUUCGGAGGAUGGCUCGGGAAAGCAAGUAUAAGGAACGCGUACGUGCUGCAAUCAACCAAAAGCGAGCAGCUGCUGAGAAAAAGCGCUUGAGAUUGUUGGAGGCGGAGAGAAAGAGAGCUUGUGCUAGGGUGCUACAAGUCCAGCGCGUUGCAGAGUUGGUCUCUCAUCAACGCGAGGUUGAGAGGAAGAAACUGCAGGAUCAGCUUGAAGACCGACUUCAGAGGGCAAAAAGACAGAGAGCUGAGUAUUUGAGGCAACGUGGUGUGAGACAGUGCAGAUCUGGCAGGGUGAACAGGAACAGAAUGCAUAAGCAAGCUGAUAUCCUAUCCAGAAAAUUGGCGAGAUGUUGGAAGCGAUUUUUGAAGAUGGGGAGAACAACUUUUGACUUGGCAAAAGCAUAUGAUGCUAUUGGGAUUAACGAAACAUCUGUGAAGACAAUGCCCUUUGAGCACCUAGCUAUUCUUAUUGAAUCUUCUGCUACUCUGCAGACUGUUAAAGCUGUACUUGACCGUCUUGAAAGUCGCUUAAGAGUGUCUAGGGCCAUUGCUGCUGCUAAUCAGCCAUCUACGUUGGAGAACAUUGACCAUCUUCUCCAACGAGUAGCUACACCAAAGAAAAGGCCAGCUUCUAGAACACCCACAAGGGGUAGAGUGGUAAAGAAAGUGGGUUCUAGCAGGGAGGCUACAAAAGCUCCUGGUAGAAUGUCAAGGUAUCCCGUGAGAGUAGUUCUCUGUGCCUACAUGGUACUUGGCCACCCAGAUGCAGUUUUUAGUGGUCAAGGAGAGCGUGAGAGGGCUCUUGCUGUGUCAGCAAGAGAAUUUGUUCAAGCAUUUGAAUUGCUCAUAAGGAUCAUACUGGAUGGGCCUAUACAAAGUUCUGAUGAGGAGUCUGAUUCAGUGAUGCCAAAACGAUGGACUUUCAGGACUCAGCUUGCAGCUUUCGAUAGAGCUUGGUGCGCUUACUUGAAUAGCUUUGUUGCUUGGAAGGUUAAGGAUGCCAAGUUGUUGGAGGGUGAUUUGGUCAGAGCAGCUUGCCAGCUUGAGCUAUCUAUGAUUCAAACUUGUAGGAUGACCCCCGAGGGGGAUACUGGCAUUCUUAGUCAUGACAUGAAAGCCAUACAGAAGCAGGUAAAUGAGGAUCAAAAGCUUUUGAAGGAAAAGGUGCUACAUUUGAGUGGAGAUGCUGGAGUUGAGCGGAUGGAAUUUGCACUUUCUGAAACACGAUCGAAGUACUUCCUAGCAAAGGAGAAUGGAAGCCCAGCUGGAUCACCGAUGGUUCACAUUUCACCUUCAAGCGGUCCUAGUCUUUUGGCUGCUACAUCUGGCUUGAGUGAAAGAAAUGGGAGUGCUGAAAAACCAAGCCGUGUUGUUAGAUCCUUGUUUCGGGAUGAUGUUUCUCCCCUGCCAAACGAGUUUGGUUCAUUGACUUCUGAUAUAGAUGGCAGCCCGGGGUCAUCUGCUGAAAAGUCGGUCACAGAGAAUGAAAUGAUAGUGAAUGCGCUUUUACACGAUUAUGGUUCAAGUCUUGUGGAUGGCUUAGGUUUCAGUGAUGAGGAUGAAAAUGCUAUGAAGGGGAAGAUUAGAGAGAUGAUGGAGAAAGCCUUCUGGGAUGGCAUAAUAGAAUCUAUGGAAGGGGAUGAGCCCCAAUAUGAUCGGGUGGUUCAACUGAUGAAGGAGGUGAGGGAUGAGAUUUGCGAAAUUGCUCCUGAAAGCUGGAAAGAAGAGAUCAUUGACUCGAUUGAUUUGGAUAUUCUAUCACAGGUCUUGAAGUUGGGUACUCUGGACAUUGAUUACCUUGUGAAGAUCCUCGAGUUUGCCUUAGGCACUUUACAGAAGCUUUCUUCUCCAUCAAGUGAUAAAGAAAUGAAGACUAGCCACCAGCAGUUAAUUAGAGAGCUCUCUCAGAUAUGCGAAGUCAAGAAUAUCUCAAACAAUCCACAUGCUAUUGCUAUGGUGAAGGGGCUCCGUUUUGUAUUGGAGCAGAUACAGGCACUAAAACAGGAGAUCAGCAAAGCACGUAUAAGACUUAUGGAGCCUAUGUUGAAGGGGCCAGCAGGAUUUGAUUACCUCAGAAGUGCUUUCUCUAAUCGUUUUGGAUCUCCUCCUGAUGCUGCAACAAGUCUUCCACUGACAUCUCAAUGGCUAUCAUCUGUCAAGACUUGCAUUGAUCAGGAGUGGAACGAACAUACAACUUCUCUCUCAUCAGUUGCAAACCAAGAGAGUUCGUCUCAGGGCUUCCUUCCUUCUACAGCCCUCAAGACUGGUGGCAGUUUUCUAGUCAAGAGUAACCCUUCUAAUGGCACGUCCUCGAAUGAUAAAGAUAAUGGGCUACAAGAAUGCAAGGGAGACAAAGUUGAUCUGAUGGUGAGAAUCGGGCUGCUGAAGUUAGCCUGCAGAGUAUCUGGUCUGACGCAGGAUACUCUGCCCGAGACUUUCAUGCUCAACCUUUCUAGGUUAAGAGCUAUCCAGGCUCAAAUACAGAAGAUAAUUGUGAUUUCUACCAGCAUUCUCGUGUGCCGACAGACACUUCUCAGUGAGCGAGUGGUGAGUAGCUCUGCGGACAUGGAGAACAUUUUAUCCAACUCCGUUCGGCGGGUUGCAGAGCUUUUGGAUCGAGCUGAAGAUUCGGGAAUUGAGGAGAUAGUCGACAUACUGAGUGAUUUCCCAUCUGCAGGUGGGAAAGCCACUGAUCCAGAGUGUCGGCUAUCAAGGAAGGCUGUGAUGGGCAGGAUGCUGGGAAAGAGCUUGCAAGCUGGGGACCCCAUUUUUGAGAGGGUCGCCAAUGCUGUUUACCUCGGUCUGAGAGCUGUAGUUCUCGGGGGCAAAUCGCCUAGCUCGAGGAAGUUGACGGAGAUGGAACUGAGGCCGAUAGGUGCGGUUGUAACCACAGAUAGGGUAGUGGAAGCAGCAGAAGUGCUGGGGAUGGCCGCUUCAGUUUCAGUUCAGGUUCACGGGCAGUGGUAUGCAAGUAUUGUUGAUGAUAAUUUGUAAAUGCGAUUCGAGUCUGCUGACAUAAUAAUAGUGUAAGAAGUGGGAAGUGGAAUAAAGUGGAUGUCUCUGUAAAUAGUGAUUUGAGUAGCAGUCGUUCGUACGUAGCUUUUGUAUAGCUUUUAUUUAAGUGGUACCUUUGCAAAUAAGUGUUCUAUUGUUAUUGUAGAUGGGACUGAAGGAAGAUUUGGCUCUAUUGCUUGUGAUGAUCA